AUGAAAGUGACAAUCGCCCUUGUAUUGUUAGUCGCAUUGGCAUCAGCCACAUCUACUAAAGAUUAAAUUCUUGCUCUCCUUCAAACAGGAACAAAGGCAAGCGAUGCCAUAGACACUGUCUUUGGUUUAUUGAACGAUUUGAUUCAAUCAAAUAAGGAUGCUCAAUUUGCAGCAGAUCAAAAGAAUGAAACAGAUGAAUGGAUUGGCGCAUAGUAAUUAUGUUUACUAAUAGUAGGACAAUCGAGUAAUUUACUAAAAUCAAGUCUUUGAAUCAAAAAUUAUUCCAAUAAUCAAUUGAAAACAGAGCCCAAUUUGAAUAAGAACUCCAAGACACCAAGAAUUAUCUUGCUUGGAACGAAUAAAGAUAAGAUGAAAUAAAUAGAAAGAUCUAAGUUCUUCUUGACGAAUAAUGUCUUAGCAAUCAACUCUUUGUUAGAUCAAUCAAACAAAACAGAGAAGCUCUUGAAGUUGUCAGAGUACUCAAACAAGAUGUUGCAGGAUACAUUAUCAAUGGAGACUCCUUUGAAUUAGUUUAAGUUCAAAGUGUUGCUGACAAAUUGAAGCAAUACAGCAACAAAUUCUAAGAAUAAGAGUUACAAUCAUUCCUCUAAUUGGCCAACAAACAAGAAGACGGAUCAUCAAGCAGAGGAGCAACCUUGGCAGAGAGAGUCUUGGGUGUCUUGGAAUCCCUUGAAGCCAACCUCUAAGCCUCACUUGAAGCUCUUGAAGUCAAUGAAAUCAAUGCAUCAUGGGAGUUGGCCGGUUGGGUUUCAUUGAGUGAAGCUGAAGUAGCAAACCUCAAAGUUGAAUACGAAAGAAAAUAAGUCUAUGCUGACAGAUUAGCUACUGUAAUAUUGUUGAUUAAUCAUUCUCUAGUAAAUCUAAGCUGCCUUAGCACAAUAAGCCAAAUCCAAGAUCAUCCUCUAAGAAUCACAAGACGCUUUAGAUCAAGCCUUAUCAGACUUGGAAAACAAGAGAGCUGAUUAUGCUGAAGCCAAGGCCAAAAGAGAUGAAGAGAAUGCCAUCCUUGCCGAAGUCAUCACUAUGUUCAAGAAAUAAGUUGCUUCAUGGUCUGGAAGAUGAGAUUCAUCAUUUUAUAU